AUGCAAAGUCUCAUUUAUAUUCGCAGAUGCCUUGCAUUUCCCUCAAAUCUUGAUGAAGGAGGUGUUUCUCGGUCACGCGAACAUACUGAUGCGCUUGUGGAUUCUGUUGAUUUUGGUAUACUUUGGGAUGAGUAUGGUAUCAUUGGCGAGUUAGUGGUAUGUUUCCCCCCAUAUCAUUUGUGCAUUGUUGAACUAACACUCCUUGCCCCCGACAUACUGCACCAGCUCAUCAAAGGAACCUUCAAGGACCACCUUGUUGAAUGGGUGGGUCAAUACCUCGAACUCACGCACGGCAAAACACGCGCUAAGGCAAUUUUAGAUGAUAUUGACCGAAGAAUUGCUCCCGCGCCACCCUUCCCUGGCCUACGACGCUUUCCACAAGGCCGUGGAUUCUCGCAAUGGACAGGUGACGACUCCAAAGCUUUGAUGAAGGUCUAUCUACCAGCAAUCGAGGGCCACGUACCAGAUGAUAUGGUUCGGGCAUUUCGAGCCUUGCUAGAGUUCUGCUACAUCAUGCGCGCGAACGUAGUGACAGACAACACUCUCGCAGCGCUGAAAGAUGCCCUUGGGCAUUUUCAUACUUACCGGACUAUUUUCCAGACUACUGGUCUUUUCAUCCGAAUGUUCGGUGCUCCGAACGGCCUCUGCUCCUCAAUCAUGGAAUCCAAACAUAUCAAGGCGGUAAAGCAACCAUGGCGACGUUCAAGCAAGUACAACGUGCUCAGCCAGAUGCUCCUUACCAAUCAGCGCCUGGACAAAGUCGCCGCAGCAAGAGUUGAUUUCACAACGCGCGGCAUGCUCAAAGGGUCUUUUGAGAAUCCCUCAUAUAUCGACAACGACGAUGGAGACCCAGAGGUCCAACAGAACCCAGCGCAUGCAGGAAGCAAUCCCUUUGCUAUCGAGAGUGACGACUUUGACGAUGUCGAGGAUCAGGGUGUUGUAGAUGACGUGGAUGUCAUUGCUGAUGUGCAAUUAGCACGGACUUUUCAACGAAAACGCGCCCACGAACUCGACAUCCCAUCGUUCCCGACCCUCAUUCGCCUCUUCCUGUACGACCAAAUACACGUGGACAACCACCAUUCCUCUGCCGACGUCCCACUUCGCGACUGUCCAUCCUACACGGGACCAAUCAAGAUAUUUCAUUCAGCUGCUGCAACAUUUAUCGCACCCAGUGAUCCGAGUGGAAUCACUGGUAUGCGCUGUGAGCACAUUCGUGUUGUGCCUUCGUGGCGCAAGGGACCAGCUCGCUUUGACUGCGCCUUCGUCAACACGGACAAUAGGCAUGAUGGAAUGUUGAGCAUGGACAUCAUUCGAAUAUUCUGUUUUUUUUCUUUUACUUUCACUAACAGUCACACAUACCCAUGUGCCCUCGUUCAAUGGUUCCAUCGCAUCGCCGAGGAACGAGACGACCUCACAGGAAUGUGGAUGGUGGCACCGUCUUUCAAUGAAGAUGGCUUGCGCGAUUUGUCCAUCAUCCAUAUCGACAGUACUCGUGACAGCGGCGCUCACUUACUCCCAAUAUUCGGUACUCAGCUCGUACCACACGGCCUUUGA